CAAGAAUCAAGAGUAUAAUCUAUGAUCAAGACCACAGAUUACACACUUAAUAUUUGAUCAAGACCUUUUAAAAAAAUCGCGGCUGUUGCGUCAUCGUAAAGGGCAAAAUGUCUGACAAAUUCGUUCCCGUGGUUAAGGCAGAGGAAGCAGAGGAGGAGGAGUUGGUGGAUCCGCAGCAGUCUCUUAGGGAAGAGUGUUCCCAAAAGCCUGAUGCCCAAAACAUGUGGGCUAAAUAUCAAGAGUGCAAUGAUCGUGUAAACUCCAGAUCUAAAACUGCAGAAACCUGUGAAGAAGAACUCAUUGACUAUGUCCAUGUUCUUGACAAAUGCGUCACCAAGGACUUGUUUAAGAGGCUAAAGUAAUGAAUUGAAAAUUUAAAUCUUAAUUUCAAGAUCAUAGAAGCCGCAUCCGUAAUUUUAAUGGGCCUGUAGUUUUAGUAAAUUUAUUUAUGUACAAAAUGUGAGAAUCACCAAUGUUGUUACUGUUAAUUUGUAAAUACAAAUAAUUACCUGUCACUAGUC